AUGGAUUCUGCAUCUCCGAUACGAGCAUUUUCAGAUAUGGACCUGACAAUAUCACAUAUAGAAUGUUUUCCCGAAGAUAUUCUGGUGAAAUUUCAAGGCAAAAGUACUAUUGAAUGUGAGUUUGACUACCACAUAUUGCAGAGGGAAAUACAGCACAUUCCCAAAGUAAAAAAUAAUGUGAACAUUAAUGAUUAUUGUUUGGUAGAAGAAAGAACAUCUGGAGAAUGGGAGAGAGGAAGAGUUGUGGAAAAGAAAAAUGAACUCUAUACUGUGUUCCUCAUAGAUAGUGGAGAAGAACGGAGAGUUGAUGGUACACAGGUUGCUUCAGCCUCUGGCAACUUAUUUGAGCUGCCACCACGGGUGGUAUUUGGCAUUUUUACCAACAUGCUACCAAUUGGGGAAAGAUGGUCCCCUAAAGCUUUGAAUUAUUUCAAGUCCUUAGUAGGACUGCAAGUAAAAGGUUAUGUACAAGCUAUUUUGCCUCUUCAGAUGAUUCUACUUGAAGUACCCAAAAUUAUAUCUCAGGUUCUUGAAUUACAGUUAGGAAGACUCAUUGAUGGGGAUUCAUUUCAUCUUAUUGUGGAAAUGUUAAAAAAUUUCCCUCAACAAAUGCCAGACUUAUUACAACAUGGAAGACCGGAGUUGUCUUUCAAGAAUAAAGAUACUUUACUUGAUAUUCAACAUGUUUUGGAUAAUUUGCAGCCAUCAUUGUCUGUUGGUCAUAUUGGAAGUGUGAAAGUAUCAUCUGCAUUGAACCCAAGUAAAUUCUAUUGUCAGUUAACUAAAUGGAUGCCAGAGUUAGAAAACCUGACUGUGCAUAUGACUUUGCAUUAUGAUAGCCUCAGUCAAGAAAGUAGUCCCAUGUGUGAUAAUUUUGGAUUACUUUGUGUUGCCAAAAGGAGAAAUGGACAGUGGCACAGAGGAAUUCUUCAGCAGCUGUUGCCCAAUAAUCAAGUGAAAAUUUGGUUUAUGGAUUAUGGCAGUAGUGAGGCCAUUCCCUCAAUUUAUGUGAAGAAACUUAAGCAGGAUUUUAUUUCAGUACCAUUAUUUUCAUUUCCAUGUUCUCUGACAUAUUUACAUAGUCCAGAUAGAGAUGCAAGAAAAUCUCAACUGAAUGUAUUCAAACAAGCUUUGUUAGGACAGAUUGUUUUUGCACACGUUGAUUGGUUCAGUAAGGAGGAACAUUUGUAUUAUGUGACAUUACAAACGCAAGAGUCUGUUAUUAAUUUGAAGUGUCAGAAAACUGUAGGCACACCAGUACUUUGUUCGGUGUCUGAUUUAAACAUUUCUAAUAUGUUAAGAGAAGCUAGUACUCUUCAUAUGAACAGUUUUGCAGCUGAGAGUUUUAUUGGAACUAUUGAUUACCUAAAUAAAAAAGAUAGUUUGAAGGUAGGUUUUCCUGUUAAAACUGUAGAAAUGGAGGUAGAGGCUGCCUACAUAGCUUUUGUAGCAUAUGUCUUAAACCCGUCCAAUUUCUGGGUACGCACUAAUGAAUAUCAGAAUGAAUUUCAAGUUAUAAUGAAAAAUAUCAACAAAUUUUAUGACUUGUGUGAAAAUGAUGAACUGAUUCUAAGAAAUCCAAAGCCUGGAUUGUUCUGUUGUGCUAGGUAUAGCAAGGACAGAUGUUUUUACAGAGCUGUCAUUACUGAAAUUAAUAGUUAUAAGAUUAAUGUGUACUUUCUGGAUUAUGGAAAUACCGAUUCCAUACCAUUUUUUGAUGUAAAAAUUUUGCUUCCAGAGUUUUGUGAAUUGCCUGCCUUAGCCAUGUGCUGUUCACUUGCGCAUGUAUUUCCUGUUGAUGAUUUAUGGGUGAAGGCUGCAAUUGAUUAUUUUAAAAAAGUUGUCUUGAACAAAGAAAUUUUGCUUCAAGUUAUAGCUAAAAAAGAUGACAAGUACACUGUAAAUAUUCAGAAUAUUGAGGCCUCUGAAAAUGUUGAUGUCGUCUCUCUUAUGCUACAAGCUGGGUAUGCAGACUAUUGGGCAAUAGAGCCAGAAUGUUAUCCAAAAUCUGUAAGUGAAUAUUCAAUGUUAAGUUUAAGAUAUAAAAACAAAGACAAUAUGAAGGAAGUCAUAUCUACUCUUCUUGAAGUACCUAAAUCUAAAACAUACCAUUCAAAUAAGCUGAAAGAAAGGAACUUAACUUUGUUAAAAUCUUCUGCUGUCAAUUUCUCAGGUUUAAAAAAUCCUUUCCCCGUGUCCCCAAGACCUGAGUCACCAUGGCCUUAUAAAGAAUAUUUUUUUAAACCAGGAACAGUCCUUAACAUUAAGUGUUCUUAUUACUGUGGCCCAGGUGACUUUUCAUGUCAGCUCCAGUGUAAGUUAGAUGAUCUAAAAUUACUAAUGGAACAGAUUCAAAAUUAUUAUAGCUUACAUCCUGAUCCUUUUCAGAUUGGGCAGGUUGCUUGUAUUGCUAAGUAUUCCAAAGAUGGGAAGUGGUAUAGAGCUGCUAUUUUGACUCAAGUAUCAGUAAAGGAAGUUGCCUUAGUGUUUGUUGAUUAUGGUUACCAGGAAAGAGUUUUAAUUAAAGAUCUUCGUGCUAUUAACCCACGUUUUCUUUUCUUAGAAGCCCAAGCCUUCAGAUGUAGUCUUAACCAUGUAAUUGAUCCAAUUAGUUGUAAAGUACUCAGUUGGACAAGAGAGGCUUGUAGAGAUUUUGGGAAUUUUGUUUCUUCAUCUAGAGGGUUAUUGACUUGCAUCAUCUAUGCCUUAGUUCUUAUACGCCCAAACUAUCUCUGUAACCUCGUGGAUUUACAAUCUCCAUCUACUAGUGCAGAAGAAUUUCUCAUCAGUCAUAGAUCUGCACAGUACAGCACAUUAUCUAAGCCAUUUCCAUCUUCAGUUCGUCUUUACAGUUACUGUUAUUCUUCCUUUAACAUAAAAAUUGGCAGUGAGGAAGAAAUAUAUAUAUCUCACAUAUAUAGUCCAAAAAAGUUUUAUUGUCAUCUUGGCAGAAAUAAUAAAUACCUGGAGAUGAUAGAAACAAAAAUUUCAGAGUUCAAUAACAUCAAAGAUUAUAGAAAAAGUAAUUCUAGUAACAUGAGACUGUGUAUAUCUAAAUAUAUGGAGGACGGUCUUUCUUACAGAGCUUUAGCAGUGCCAGCAGAUUCACUGUCUGACUUUCUAGUUUACUUUGUGGACUUUGGAAACAAGCAGUUAGUGGAUGGAAGUAUGCUGAGGCCUAUUUCAGAUCAGUUUCCAGAGUUGCUCCUUACACCUAUGCAAGCUAUUAAAUGCUUUUUGUCAGAUCUUAAAGAUGUAGAUAUUCCAGCAGAAGUCAAUAGCUGGUUUGAAGAUAAUGUCUUGGGUAAACCAUUAAGAGCAGUAAUAUUAUCCAGGGAGUCAGAUGGCCAGCUUGGAGUAGAAUUGUAUGAUGGAUAUCAACAUAUAAAUCAGAAAAUUAAAAUGUUGCUUCAUGCUUAUGGGAAAAAACACUGCAGCCAAACACACCGUGUGGAAAGAGGUGAUAAAGUAAAUGAGAACAGGCAACAUACUGUUUCUUUGAAAGGCAAAGUAGAAAACAGCCAGAACCAUAAUAGUUUAGUAACAUAUUCUGAAAGCAGGAUAGAUAAAUUAAUGAGUUCCAAAAGUAUUUAUGCCAGGCUUUUGAAACCAUCAAUUUGUUAUAAAAUUGAACCUGUGCUAAAAAACAACGUGAAGUCUUUGAAUGAUGGACUUAAAAAUAAAUGUGUAAAAAUUGUCCCUAGAUCUGCAUAUAUUCUUGGUGAACAUGAUGUGGGCCAGAAAUCAGUAAGGGUUGUUUCACAGUCUUUCAUCAAAGAAUUUAAUCAAGCAGGCUCUCAAAACCGACAUAACCUUACAAGAUCACAGAUUAAAGACCUUCCUCAACCCAAAAUUGAUUUAAACGCCAAAGUUAAAGGGUAUAUUUCUAAUAUCAGUAAUCCAGCAAGUUUCCAUAUUCAACUUGCUGAAAAUGAAAAUGUAAUCGUCAGACUUGCAGAUGCUCUAAAUGAAAGAAGAGCAAAUACAGCCAAAGAGAGGAAAUUGGUCAAACCCAUGGUGGGCGACCUUGUAGCUGCAGAAUACUCUGGCGAUAAUGCCAUCUACAGAGCAGUUAUUAAUAAAAUCUUUCCAGAAAAUUCUUUUGAAGUAGAAUUUAUUGACUAUGGUAACUCUGCAGUAGUACAUAUAUCUAAAAUUUAUGAACUCAAGAGGGAGUUCUUGAUGGUUCCUCAGAUGGGAAUCCAUUCUUUUCUCAGCGGAGUCAAAUGGAACGAGCCUGAUGAAAUAUGGGACAGCAAAACGGUGGAUUAUUUUGCAUCAAAAGUAAGUAACAGAGCUGUUUCUUGUGAAUUUUUGAAAAAACAUGAACAAAAAUGGGAAGUCAACAUAGUCUGUGAUGAAAAGUAUGUCAUCAAUGAACUCUUGAAGUGGACAGCAUGUUCAAAACUACAGAAAACAGUAUUGCAAACACCUCAUGUUAUCUCUCAAAAGGUGAGCCAUGGUGAGGAGAAUGAAGCUAAGACAGGGAGAACAAAAGAACACGAAGGUUCUGUGAGCCCUCAGCGAUCCAGCCAACAUCUGGUUAAAACUCCUCUUGAAGCAUUAAAACCUGGACAACUUGAAAAGGCUGAAAUACUUUAUGUUUCAAGAAGUGGGACAUUUUAUGUCAAGUUAGCUAAAAAUAAGAAAAUUUUAUCAGAUCUAACACUAUUACUAUCUAGAGAAGUAAAAAAGCCCUCUUUAUCUAUGGACAGUGUGGAAAAAGGCCUGGAGUGCUUGGCAAAAUCUAAGAAAACUUUCAAGUGGUAUCGGUCAAAAGUAGAGCGAAAGUGUGCUGAUGAGAAAGUGCUUGUUUUUUUAGUUGAUUGUGGUAGGUAUGAAAUAGUGCCUUUAAAUAAUACCAGGAUGCUUAGUAAUGAAAUCAGAAAUAUUCCAAGACAGGCCAUUCCUUGUAAAUGGAUUUGGUUUGAAAAUUUUAGGAACAUGUCAUUUGAAUCCAUUGUGUGUUUGUUUGCUCAUUUGGAAAUAAGUAUCCUUUUUCUGAAAUACUUAGACCCUGCCUGGGAAGUUGAAAUUUUGCUAGAUGGCUUGCUACUUUUAGAAUAUUUAAAUGCAGUUCACAGAAAAGAAAACAAACUCAGACCUUCAGAAACUGUUUUCAGCCUGGAAUCUAAGACUUCCGUGCCAUCCUGUACAAUAAGGUCAUUUACUUGGGCACAGCUCCAAAGCGGGGGGCAGUAUUCUGGCAUUGCCACUGCUAUUGCUGAUCCAUCCGACUUCUGUGUUCAGUUAGAAGAUUUCUUUGGCACGAUGAAAUCUCUUUUUAUGAUGCUUUCUGAUCUACCAGAAGAUUUACAGACAGUGCCCCGAGAGCACAUAAUUCCAGGUUCCAGUUGUUUGUUUAAAUAUGAAUUAGAAGAUCAGUGGAACAGAGUAGAAAUUUCUAAAGUCUCUAAUCAGUCUUUAGUUCUUGUGUUCAUUGACUAUGGAUUUUCUGUUUACAUACCUUACUCUGAUAUAAAACAUCUUAAAGUUGUUCCCGAGCAGCUUUUGAAUUUGCCAAGGCUAAGUUACCCGUGUAGCUUACGUGGUGUCUUACCUGCCAAAGGCAAACACUGGAAUGAAAAAGCAAAGUCUGUUUUUCAAGAUUUCCUAAGUAAACCAGGGUUAGUUUUUCAGCUCAGGAAACACAGUUUUGAAACAAAACUGAAAGUUGAUGUCAUUCAUGAGAAAAACAGUGUGGCAGAUAUAUUAGUUUCAUCUGGUCUUGCACUGUAUUCUGAAGACUCAGAACAUCUUGAUGCAUUUUCUGUUGGAUCUGCUAAAUAUAUCCAGUCUAAAUCACAGAGUCAACCUGUUUGUCCGUCGUCACAUCAAAAUAGUUACAAAAAAGAGAACAUAAAUUAUAUAUGCUCUGAAAAACAAAAGCCGAAAAGGCAGAAGUCUGUAAAGAGGAAAGAUGUGUGUAAGAACCUUUUAAGGAAUAACUAUAUUAGGAAAAGAUUAUUACAUUCCAGAAAUUUAACUCUCAGAAAGAAGGUAGAUAGUGGAAAACAAGAUCCUCAAAGCACCAUUACAUUUGGUACAUAUGCAGCAGCUUCAUUGUGGGAAUUACCUAAUGGCUUGAAGAAUAACACUAGUGGAUUUGGAGACAUUUUUGAAAAACUCCCAACUGACGGGCUGCAGAAGAGCAAUGCAGUGGGCUCCAGAAGAGCAGUGCAGGCGUUGCAGGUGGAUGACAAGACGAUAUCGGAAGAGCACCUCAAAGUGGAGUGGAACCAGCCUGUUGGUUCUCCUGCAGCUGGAGCCCAGACCGGAGCUCAGACCCACUCCUUUGUGGGCCUGGGGGGAGCCUUCCACACACAGCCUGCUUUCUCGACUUGCGGAUACCUCAUCCGAGCUUUGCGAGUCCAAGUCACCUGCCUGUAUGCUCAGAAGACUGGGUUUUGUAUUCUGACUCCGCUGUUGGGCAAGUGGAGCUCGUGUGAUGAGGUAUUUUCUAAAAAUAGAAAAGCUCUUCAAAUGAUGACCAUCAGCAAUGCCACCAAGGACAUCAGAUGA